AUGGUUGGCAAGAUUUCUCUUUCUCUUUUCUCUCUUUCUUUUCCUCCUCCUUUUCUCUCUUUCUUUUCCUCCUCCUUUUCUCUCUUUCUUUUCCUCCUCCUCUUCUCUUUCUUUUCCUCCUCCUCUUCUCUUUCUUUUCCUCCUCCUCUUCUCUUUCUUUUCCUCCUCCUCUUCUCUUUCUUUUCCUCCUCCUCUUCUCUUUCUUUUCCUCCUCCUCUUCUCUUUCUUUUCCUCCUCCUCUUCUCUUUCUUUUCCUCCUCCUCUUCUCUUUCUUUUCCUCCUCCUCUUCUCUUUCUUUUCCUCCUCCUCUUCUCUUUCUUUUCCUCCUCCUCUUCUCUUUCUUUUCCUCCUCCUCUUCUCUUUCUUUUCCUCCUCCUCUUCUUCUUUUUUCCUCCUCCUCUUCUCUUUCUUUUCCUCCUCCUCUUCUCUUUCUUUUCCUCCUCCUCUUCUCUUUCUUUUCCUCCUCCUCUUCUCUUUCUUUUCCUCCUCCUCUUCUCUUUCUUUCCUCCUCCUCCUUCUCUUUCUUUUCCUCCUCCUCUUUUCUUUUUCCUCCUCCUCUUCUCUCUUUCUUUUCCUCCUCCUCUUCUCUCUUUCUUUUCCUCCUCCUCUUCUCUCUUUCUUUUCCUCCUCCUCUUCUCUCUUUCUUUUCCUCCUCCUCUUCUCUCUUUCUUUCACUUUCUCUUUUUUUCAUCAAUUCACCCCAAGCAAGGCAAUAAUGCCACUGAGAUACAAGUUUUAUCUCCUUUCUUUUCUUGUUCUUUUAGAAAUGAAAGCCCACUGAUGCAUGCUGGGUCCAGUUUUAUGCUGUUCAUGCAAGCAUUGAUGUCCUUUGAAGAAGAAAAGAUAGAAGAGGCUAUCAAAGCUCUACAGGAUACAGAGAAAACAUUAUCAAGUAAAAUUAUUUUGGCACCAGCAUACGUGAAAUCCAAUUUUUCUGUUCUCUUCUUUUUUUUCUUUUUAUUCGUUCUUUUUUUUUUUCUCUCUCUUUUUCUCUCUUGCUCUUUCUCUCUCUUCUCUUUUUCUGUCUUUUUCCUUUGUUCUCCUUGUCUUUUUCCUUUGUUCUCCUUGUCUUUUUCCUUUGUUCUCCUUGUCUUUUUCCUUUGUUCUCCUUGUCUUUUUCCUUUGUUCUCCUUGUCUUUUUCCUUUGUUCUUUGUGUCUUUUCCUUUGUUGUCUUUUUCCUUUGUUCUCCUUGUCUUUUUCCUUUGUUCUCCUUGUCUUUUUCCUUUGUUCUCCUUGUCUUUUUCCUUUGUUCUCCUUGUCUUUUUCCUUUGUUCUCCUUGUCUUUUUGUUCUCCUUGUCUUUUUCCUUUGUUCUCCUUGUUUUUUCCUUUGUUCUCCUUGUCUUUUUCCUUUGUUCUCCUUGUCUUUUUCCUUUGUUCUCCUUGUCUUUUUCCUUUGUUCUCCUUGUCUUUUUCCUUUGUUCUCCUUGUCUUUUUCCUUUGUUCUCCUUGUCUUUUUCCUUUGUUCUCCUUGUCUUUUUCCUUUGUUCUCCUUGUCUUUUUCCUUUGUUCUCUUUUUCUCUUUUCUUCUUGUAAUACGGAAGUUCAAAUGGGAAGUGAGGAUCGAAUGCAGCGUCAAAUCAUUAUUGCCGACUCCCUGUUGUACCAGGCUGUGCUGACCUUCACUCACCAGGACAUUCCUAGCUAUAUUAAAGGCGGCUGGCUUUUGCGCAGAGCUUGGAAAAUCUAUGAGAAACUCCACCGUGAAAUUAGUGAACUGUUGUCCCGACAUUCACAGACCAAACUCAGCCAAUCUUCGGAUUCAAUCUCCAGCAGUAACAGCGACAUCCGUUUGUCACAGGACGGCACCUGCACGGAUGGGAACGAUAAUGAACUCACCAAAGAUGUGCUGGAACGUCUGCUAGGCUCUGUAAACUUUGGUUAUGGAACCUUCCAGCUGUGCGUAUCAAUGGUUCCACCAAAAAUUUUAAAAUUAAUAGAAUUUUUAGGCUUUGAGGGGGACCGCAAUGCCGGAUUGGACGCUUUGAAUCAUACGAGUUAUAGCAAAGAUAUGAAAGCGCCAUUAGCAAUUCUUGGUCUUUUGUGGUACCAUACUGUACUACGUCCAUUUUUUGCCCUGGAUGGUACCAAGACAUCUGCUGGUAUUCCUGAUGCAGAAAACAUAAUUAAAAGUCGUGAGAGGGACUUUCCACGUUCCUCUUUAUUUUUAAGCUCAAAAUUUUACUCUCUCCUUUUUCUUUCACUUCUUUCUCAUCGUUUUCUUUUCCCCAUGUCCUCUUCACCUCUACUCUUUUGUUUCUUCCUCCUAAUCAAAUAUUCUUUUCUUGGGUCAUAUAAAACAAACUGUAUUCCUUUUCGUUCCUUUCUCCUUUUCGUUCCUUUCUCCUUUUCGUUCCUUUCUCCUUUUCGUUCCUUUCUCCUUUUCGUUCCUUUCUCCUUUUCGUUCCUUUCUCCUUUUCGUUCCUUUCUCCUUUUCGUUCCUUUCUCCUUUUCGUUCCUUUCUCCUUUUCGUUCUCUUCCCCUUCUUUUUCACUCUCUUC